AAAAAAAAUGUCAAUGUGACAGAUAAGUUUAGUGACAGCGCAUUCGGCCUCGAAAUACUUCCAAAAAAGAUAUUUAUAAUAUACUGCUGCGCAAAUCUCAGUGAAAACUAUGCAGCAGUUAACAGUUUUCAUGGAUAUUGAAAGCUCUCGUUCGUAUAUUGAUGAGCUAUAUUCAUCGGAUCCAAGUAAGAUUGUGGAGGCGUUAGUGACACUAAAAAAUUCAGUGAUUGGAAGUAAUCGGCAGAAAAGUUCAGUUAUACAGCAGGGUGUCGUCCCUCGUUUGCUACAGCUGAUGUCAGAUGUGGCCUUAGAUCCCACUAUAAGGCUCGAAGCUACUAUCACAAUAGGUUCAUUAGCAAAAGGUACAGCUGAGAAUGUGAAUUCACUAGUUGAACAAGAAGCAGCUACAGCUUUAGUAGAACUGCUGAAAACAGUGCCCAUAGACACCAAAUUGGCAGAGGCAGGACUAUGUGCCUUAAGAAGUAUAUUCCUGCAUCCCCCUGCUCCCAUAUCUGCUCUGCCAGUUGAUAUGAGGCUUCUGACAAGACUGACACAGAUAGCCCGUGAAGGUUCCGGCACGGCGCGAGCUUGCGUGGUGCGUAUUCUAUCCGUAUGGUGCGGGAGUGCCCGCGAGCAGGAGGCGCUGUGCGCGGCGGGCGCUUGCGGAGCCCUAGCGGCCGCGCUGGCGCCCCCUGCGUCGUCGGCGCCUUCUCCGUGCCGCUCGGUGGCGCCCCCGGCGAGGGUGCUCCCGGCGCUAGACUUACUCGCCGCCAUGUGCUUCGAGAGCGCCACCGUGUCGCAAGUGGCGCUCGAGACUAGAUACGGCGACAAGAAUAUCCCAGAGUUGCUGAUGGGUUUAGUGUCUCGCGACAAGCCACUGCCGGUGGCGAUGGGCGCGGCGCGAUGCCUCACCUUCAUACACCGCGCCGGCGCACUGCCCGCCGACGAUAACAGAGUGGUAUUCGGGGCCUUACCAUGUCUAGCGCGACUAUGUACAAAGGAAAUUCCAGAAGAAAUCCGGGCAUCUGCUGCCGAGACGUUAGCGUAUUUAGCAGAGGUUGACACGUCACUUCAAAGGCUAGCGGCAAUAUCGAACCACCUGAUGAGUUCUUUGGCGGACAUAGUAAACUGUCCCUCGGCAGCGGCGAAACAAGGCGCCUUUAAAUGCUUCGCUUCUCUCGGGGCUAACGAUGAAGAUAUCAGGAAAAGGAUUAUAGAGACCCACGGACUCAUGGUGCAUGUAGUGAACGGAAUGAAUAAUCCGGAACCUUCGGUACGAUUAGCGGCAGUCAGAUGUUUGCAUUCACUAUCCCGAUCAGUGCAACAGCUGCGCACGACGUUUCAGGACCACGCAGUAUGGCGUCCCCUGAUGCAGUUACUGAGUGAUUCGCCGGGUACUGAACUGCUGACCGUCGGCUCCUCAACGCUCUGCAACCUGCUGCUUGAGUUCUCACCGGCCAAAGAACCAAUGUUAGAUCAAGGAGCUGUUGAAAUGUUGUGCAAUUUAACGAAAAGGCCCGAAGCGGCGUUAAGACUCAAUGGCAUUUGGGCUCUUAUGAAUAUGGCCUUUCAGGCGGAACAGAAGGUGAAGCAACGUAUCCUGUGUUGUCUUGGCACGGAACAAAUGUUCCGCUUGCUCGGCGACAGCGACACGGGCGUCAUCAUGAAGACACUAGGUUUGCUCAGAAACUUGCUGUCCACGAGGCAGCACAUAGACGCCAUCAUGAGCGAGUACUCCUCUCAAGUGAUGCAGGCUGUGAUAGUAGUAUUAGAGGGGUCGUAUCCGGCUGAAGUGAAGGAACAAGCGUUAUGUAUUCUCGGCAACAUCGGCGACGGGGAGAAGGCGAAGGACCUCAUCAUGGCAAACGAAGACGUGCUGCGAAAAUUGGUCGAUUACCUGGCGCACCCGGAGAGUAAGCUGCAGGAGGCGGCGUUGUUCGUAGCCGGUAACCUGGUGUGGCGCGGGGAGGCGGGCGCGGCCGCGAGACAGGCGCGGCUCGCGGAGCUGGGAGUGUUGCGAGCCCUCAAACUACUACGCGUGAGGCACGACGCGGCGCAUCUGCAUGACAAGGUGAAGACUGCUCUCGCACAAUUCAACGAGUUCACAUAAUAUCACAGGGGCCCGAAACGAAAGCGUGUUAAGCGAAACUGACUUUUUUAGUGUUUUGCGGCGCUUGUGAUUAAGUCCACGCAUACAUAGUGAAACUAUUCGGAACACUUGAAAUAAUUAACGCUAAGUAAUGUAAAUAGCUAAGUGCGUAACGUUCGUUAUCUACUGGAGGAGUGUUGAAAUAAUUUAUUUUAAUUUAUCAUGUGUUGACGUAAUUCCCAAUUCACCUGUUUCGAAUUGUCGAAUUUAAAAAUAAGGCUCGAUGUAUUUUCCUUUCUUUCAGCAGCGCCUUGGCUCGGGUCUACAAACUUUAUAUUCGUAAAUGAUGAUGUUUUUAAAUAAAUAUUCAAAGUUCUGAAAGAUCCUAUUUAUGCUUUGGCUGUUUGUAUCAGCUGAUUUUGACUUCUGAUGGUCAUAGAACAAUGUUAUUUACAUAAUUAUUGCUCAAUGGAUAUUGGAAGGUCGCUUUAAAUAUUUGUCUCAACUUCUCUACCAUGUUUAUGUGUAAAACUAAGGCUGGUUACACAAUGUAUCAUUUGCCCGGUUCGAUUUCUGUAUAUGCAGCUUGUAUUUUACAUGUCUGAAUAUACGACAAAGCUUCAAUGAAAAUAUGUAUGUAUUAUUGGAUUUAUACUUAGAACACUAAGGAAGCCUAACCGUACAGUCAACUUACAAAAAUAAUGUUAAGGAACGAUCAUCUAAUUCUCACCUUAAAUACCUUUUUUAUGAAUAAACUAGUGGCCCGCCCUCGCUUCGCUUCAGGGUAGAAUUGAUCAAAAUCCUUUCUUAGCGGAUACCUACGUCAUAACAUCUACCUGCAUGCCAAAUUUCAGCCCGUUCCGUCCGGUGGUUUGGGCUGUGCGUUGAUAGAUCACUAUGUCAGUCAGGCAGUCACCUUUUAGUUUUAUAUAUAUAGAUAUAUCCAACAAGUUGUUUACAGCUGAUUUUUUUUACACUUAAUAAUAAUCGUAUCACAUAAUUAUCGGGCAAAUGAUACAAGUGUUCCUUUUUGUGCUCUUCGGAUACUCGUCAAAUGUAAAUGACCCACAAUGGAGGUGCAAUUUGACCUCGCAUAUGAUAAAUGUGAAGUUAGCUAAUGUAGUCUAACUACUCUAGGGUUAGGUAAGCAGAUGUUAAUAGUUAAUGAGUACGUAUGACCAAUAUGUGGCACAAACAACUUGAAGGUUGAAACAUAGUAGCUCUUCAGUCUAAAGUAAAAACUAUCAAAAUUCUCUUAUCAAUUUUCAACCUUAUUUGUUUUUUUAAAGUUCAACAGAAUUUUGUAUUUUUUUGGUAUCCUGGGGGUCUACUCUCUUUCUCCGAAACGAACUUUCGAUAACGAAGUUCAAACGAAAUUCAAUUUCGUCAAUUUAAGGUUAUACUUGAUUUGAACGAUAAACUAUCAAAUUGAAGCUUUAUUUAAAUAGGCUUGGAAAAUCUACACCUACUAUCGAAUCAUCUAUGACGACGAAUAUUAUUAUAAUUAAAAACGAACCAGAAACACAGUAAGAAAAGUGCGAAGUUUCGAUCGAAAUUUCGUUUUUCGUUUAAUUAGAAUAGGCCUUACCUAUAUUUUGUUCGUACAACGAGUUUAUGGAUCAAAUUCAAACGUUAAUAUAGUUUUCAACAUGUUUGCUAAAAAAAUGCAUUUUUGAACUUUCAAACAAUGUAUACAACCUCUGUUUAUAUACAUUGUUCGAAAGUUCAAAAUUACGCACCAUACAACAGGUCGUGCGGUAGAAUUUUUACCGCACGCUCCGGUAUAUGGCACGGUGCUUAUCCUUUACGAAACAUUCUUGGAAGCGCUUCUGAUCUAUAUGUUCGUCUCACUUUAAUACUAAAAAAAGAAACAGAGCCGAAAGAUGUAAUUCUAAUUUUCACUAGCACGUGGUGCCACGUGGAAAUGACCGCCAUUAUCUUCUUAGAAAAAGUUUGCUUCAUUACUUAAAAAUUAUACUGUUUUCUCGCAAAUGUGUUGAAAAACGUUGUAUGACAUUCGUGCGGAAUUGGUCUUAACAAAUUUGUGACUAUGGUAAACCCUCGAUUUCGUCUCGGGCUUACAUUCGUCUACUCGUUUGUCUACUCGUUACCAACCUUACCGCAUUAAUAUCAUAAAUAACUAUUCUCAGUGCAGGAUUUUUUUCUCAGUUGUUAACAUAAUUGUCGUCGCGUUUUAUAAAGUCACAAUUUGAGUGGGUAGCUUUUGAUAAGCGUAUGAAAAAGUAAGUAAAUAUACUAAAACUUCUUAAAGGUAAUUAUUUUGUAUAUGUAAACACACGUUAGGCCGCGUAUAGAUUUAUUUUUUCACGCUAUGAUUUUUUCAUACGGUAUUCACGUGCACGUGUCAAGAGACUAUGCUUUUAAAGCAAAAUACGCUUAAUUUUAUUUCCAGUAAAGCUUUAAAUUAAAUGACCAACGAACUGACAGCAUGGGAUUUGACGACGCCGCACUAUAAUUUCGAUGAAUAUAAAACACUUGCUUACUAAAUAGGAUUCACAUGUUCAUUUAACCAAAUCAACCUAGUUGUUUACGUGUGACUAAUCAACUAUGACCGCUUACAAUUUGUCGUUCCAUAAGCUUAUUUGUUGUCUGUUAACAUAAAAAGAUAACUAAAAUCAUAGAUGGUAACACUGAUAUAAGCACUCCCAGAAAAUAUUUUUUAUUGCUUGCACCUAUGUAGUCAGUUGUGAAUCAUCAUCAUCAAGUUAGUUCAUCUGUUGCUUGUGAACAAUAUGGUAGUUAUCGAUUUAUUCUUACUAUUAUUAAAAAUUGUGUCGAAUGCAUUAAAAUCUGUUCAAAAUUCGUAUUCAUGUCGUAAUCGUCAUAACAGCAACAAGUGCGUAUGGGAUAGCAAGCUACUUCCACCACUUUCCCACUGCUCCUUACAGUUGUAAUUGAAAUAUUUGGUAGCUGAUUUUUUAUGGAAAUAUCUUUCCCGUCCGAAUUAUACGUUCUAUUUCAACUGCGAUAUUUAACCCAGUGGUAUACGUACGUCACGUGUACACACAUGUUAUGUCACACCUACAAUGUAAAUCCAUUUAUGUUUUACUUACUCUUUACACAUUAUACUUGAAAGCAGCGGUGCCCAACUGGAAUUGUUUACAGAGGCUCAAGUAUGAAUUUUGACAGCUCCGUAAUAGUAACGUAUCGUCAAAGUUUUUAUUAAAACUUGCUUUGUUUUGAUCUGCCCCUACCGGACGUAAGGUUGGCUGGCUUCUUUCAUAUAAUAUUUGUCCAUGACGGUACGAUUACAGAGCUGUCAAAAGAGUUAAAAGAAAGCUCAGUGAGAUCAAAGAAACUGCAUAGCUUCAUUAGUUAGUGAUCCAUUUGGUUAAUAAUAAUAAUAUGGACACCCUCAGCUGCUCACAUUAUGUUGCGCCGGUCGCAUCUAGGGUGCCCACAGGCAGUGUUGCCAACGAGCAGCAAGGCACCAGCUACCAAGCUAGAAUUAAGAGAUUUUUAGUCCGUAUCUCAUUUCAUAAUCCAGUUAUCCGGUCCAAUAAAAUCCUAUCCACAUAGCCCGAACCAAGUAAAUCCCUCCCUGGCAAUAGUUCGGCAGCUAUAGAAGACUGUAAAUAAAGAGAUAGACCUUCAUAGAUGCAGCCAUCUCACUUUUUAGAUAAAAAUGUACAAAAAGGCCUCUUCAUGUUGGCUUUGGUCCCACGAGCGCCUCAAACGACCGGGUUCCCAUGAACCCGAGUUUGAAAAGUGUACCAACAUAAUAAUAAUUCCAACACACACCACUUUAUUAGCCUAGCCCCAAAGUCAGCACUGUAGGCUUGUCUUAUGGGAUACUAGGGUAACGGAUAGAAUACGUAAAUAAGUAUAUUUAUAUAGAAAUACAUAUUAAACAUCCAUGACUGGAGUACAAACGCUCGUAUUCAUCACACCAGUAAGUAUAGUAAAUCUUACUUCUUUAGUGCGUGCUUGAACUGCUUAUUCCUCCUUAUUCGCGGGCGCUUAGUAUACCACUUAGGUACUACUCCUUUUAAGGUUGAAUUAUACUAGGUCUUGCUGGAUUCGGGCUUGCAAAUUUACCAGCAUUUGCUAUGAGCCAUAUUUGACCCGUCAAUGGUAUAGAAAUAAAGGUGAAUUGUUUGAGAUAAAAGCAUGAAUUAUGUUAAAAGUUUGUAUAUUACACCCUGGAAAACUUCUUAAGAACGACUAUGGUCGUUGAUGAAUUAAGUAAUUCAUUAAAUAAUUUAUCAAUUGACCAUGGAAGAGCCUGUACAGCAGCAAUUUUACAUACAAAUACGUCUACUGCGCAAGUUUGUUAAAUGUUGGCUGUGGCUCAAGAAGUGUGCCGCUACCUAUACCAAUGAUAUCUGUUCUGUGUUUCAGUUAACAGUCAAUACACUGAACCAGAAUUUAAGGGAAUGUUUGGAACAUUUUGUGAAAAUCAAUGGAUGAUAUUAAAUUCCCCGGGGAAAAAUUCUCACGAACAAAUAAAUGGACUAAUGUCGUCGAAUAUGAUAGCAUGCUCGCUAUAUUCAUAUAUUUAUAUUUUUGUAUGCUCAUACAUUUAUAUUUUAAAAAAUAUUUUAAAAUUACAAUUCAAUACUCUUGCUUUACUGACGUUUAAUUUGAAGAGGGAUGUAGAUGUUACUCUUUUACUGUCGAAAAUUCAUGACGUUCUAAUAAAUUUCCUUUAAAAGAAUCUUUAUACUUUAAAAGUACUUGUGUUCGUAUUAUAAUAUGUUAUAAAACUUUAAACUAUAAACUAUAGAUGAUUGAAAACUUAUUAGUUUUUUUAUGUUAUUUUUAACUUCCUUCACUGCCACCAUUAUUAUUAUCUAGCGAAAAAAAUGGCUUCACCGAAGCUCCAUCGAAAACGUCGGAUAUUUCUUUAGCCGUAAUGUGAUCCCGCUUAUCGUCGAUCCACCAUAAUAAAAAGCGAAUAUAUUACGACGAAAUCUACAAUCCGCCUGCAGCACCUAUACCUAAUCAAAACAACUCAUAUUUAAAGUUUAGUCUUUCGUUGGAAACAACAAACAGCUUGUCAGCUUAUAUUUCCUGCAAAAUUUAUACUCACUUGAGUUAUGUAAAAUAAUAUUUUGUAAUUGCAAUCUCAUAUAAUUAAUCAAUUUUUUCGUGUACAUGUGUUUAUUAAUGACAAUUUUGUUAGAUCAGCUCUCAUUCAUUUGUUAUACAUUCUUAAAUAAUUUGUAUUUUAACCAUUUCUGUUUUACUAAGAGCUUAUGAACCAUCCCUGUAACGGAUCUCUUACAAGGUUAGAAAGUUUGUUGAUGAGUUAUAGCAUGCUAUAUUAAGGUAGAGGUAACAAUAUCUUUAAAUAAAUAUGGUUACUAUCAAUCAAUCAUUUAUUUGCAUGAAGUCAUAUGGAAGAUUACACAAGUGUCCUUAGGUACCUACAAUGAUUUCAGCUUGUAUGCAUAUUUAAUAAAUUACACUUUAAUAUAUCUACUAUACAUGGCAUGCUAUUAAGUUUAUAGUUCAUUAAACGAAUUUCUUACAUUACAAGAGAACCGUUACCGAAAGCUCAUGGACUAUAUGAUACACACGUAUUUGUAUAACAACAUAGUGUUUGUUACCUUCAGGCUGUAAUAGGUUAUGAUUGAUUGAUGAAUUACCUCUGCUUAAUUCAAUAACCAUGUAAAUUUCAUAAUUAUACUUAAACUCAAGCCUGUAGUACUUCAUAUUGUAAAUAAACAAAAAAAUAGUGUCGAUUAUGGCAUGAUUUUCUAAACUUUACAACAGUGUAUCCUUGUCAUUCUCUAUACAGAACGAAAAGGGGAGACUGAUGUUAAAUUUAGUUUUAAGUUUAGAGAAUCAUGCCGGUAUCAAACCAAUAUCCCAAAAAGUAAAAUCAUCAAGAUUUUUUAAGACCUUAUACUUUGGAAUUAAUUGUAUUCAAGAAAGUACUAUGUAGUAAAUUUAUGAUGCAAUGUCUGCAAUGUCUCCUCAUACUAAAUGUAAAAUGUGUAUCUGAAAGAUUGAAAAACUUACAACGUAAUCAUGGUUAAAAUAUUUUGUUUCUUUUGUGAUGUGAUAUCAAAUUGCUAUCCAAAUGUUACUGA